AUGACUGGGCAACCAGUACCUUUUACCAUUGCCGAAAUUAAUGAAGGAAUGAACGCAUUCCGCCAAACUUUAGACCAGCAGAAAAGCCAAAUUGAAACGCUGCUGGCUCAAAAGAUCCAAACUGAAACCAAACUCACCAGCCUUACCAAACAAAAUGAAGCCCUUCGUAGCCAAAUACAAUCAGUUGCAUCUAAAACCAUUAACACCAGAAAGAACACUGAAGGUAUAGCCAUGCAGCUUGACUUGUCCGGAACCUUUCACACCCCUAACGGGGAAAAAGGAUCUAACAACAGGGAUGAUACCCUGGAUCUAGACUCUUUGGAUGCAGGAACCCCCAAGAAGGACGGUCAGGAAGGAGCCGAAGAGGGAAAAGUAGAAAAGAUGGUCAAGGAAUACCUCAAGACAAUCGAGGCCAAAAUAGCCAAAAUCCCUGGAAUGCCGAAACCCAUGGAAGAGGAGGCAGCAGAUGGCUAUAUAGAAUCUCCAUUCUCAGAAGAGAUCGCCAUGGUAGAAGUCCCAAAGAGGUUCAGCACGCCCAAUAUGACCAUGUACGAUGGAACAACAGACCCCGAUGAGCACGUAUCCCUUUACAAACAGAAGAUGAUGACAAGCUCAAUCCCUAGAGACAUCAGAGAGGCUAUCAUGUGCAAAGGCUUUGGAGCCACAUUAUCAGGUCCAGCUCUAAACUGGUUCAUUAAUUUAGGUAAUGGGACUAUUCGAUCUUUUGCAGGAAUGGUGAACCUAUUCAAGGUCCAAUUUGCCAGCAGCAGGAAAAUCAAAAAACAAUCUUCAGAUCUGUACCGCGUUGUGCAGAGACAUGGUGAAUCCUUGAGAGAUUAUCUUAACAGAUGUGCAAGCAUGGCUCAAGUCAGAUUUGAGGAAGAUGCAUAUGCAAGAAAGACUCUCGAGCCAGAUCGCCAGUCAAGAAGGAACAACAAUUUUCCCAGAAGGGACCAUCGAUUCAAGCCGUAUCAGCGUUCUCGCUUUGACGAGGGAACAGUCAAUGCUGUCGAAGAAGAAUUUUCUGGUUGGAGGGAGGAUCCUGAACUCCCACCUAAGUUACAUGAGUAUUGCUUUAACGUUAACCCUGUAGGGGUAAUUAGGACCCUAAAUAAGAUGGGAGAUAUUGUACAGUGGCCUAGGAAGAGUGACAGGCCUGGAGAGAAGAAAGAUCUAUCCAGAUGGUGUGAUUUCCAUUCAGAUAUCGGUCACACUACUGACGAAUGUGUCGCGCUCAGAAAGGAAGUGGCGUACUUGCUAAAGAAGGGUUACCUCAAAGAGCUCCUCUCAGAUAAAUCUAAAGCUUCUGGGAGGGAAAGAGAAUCCAAGCAAAGAGGUCCCCCUCCUCCGCCUCCAAUUGUCAAAACCAUCUGUUUCAUUUCAGGAGGAUCAGAAGUAUGUGGCUUGACGUAUUCUGCAGCAAAGCGGCAUGCGAAGGAAAGUAAUAAGGAACAACCUGAAAGGAGGGAGAAAUCCAAGAUAGACAUUCCCAUCAUGUUCGAAGAAAGCAAUGUAAUAAAAGGCCAUCAUGACGGCUUAGUGAUUUCACUCCCAGUUGGGAACUGCAUGAUCAAGAGAAUCCUAGUGGACAAUGGAAGUUCUGCAAACAUCAUCAUGCUCGACACUCUGAAACAUAUGAACAUAGACGAAAAGAACAUCAUCAACAAGUCAACAAUGUUAGUAGGAUUCAGUGGGGAAACCAAGAAGACAAGUGGAGAGAUUACAUUAGCUACGUACGCAAAAGGAAUCAAUCUACAGGUCAAGUUCCUAGUGAUUGACACUCUAUCCUCGUACAAUAUGAUCUUAGGCAGACCUUGGAUACAUGAGAUGAAGGUCAUCCCCUCUACAUACCAUCAAGUCAUUAAGUUCCCUACUAGGUGGGGCAUUCAAGAAAUUAGAGGAGAUCCUAGGGAAGCAAAAGAAUGCUACAAGAUCGCACUAAAAGCAACAUCUUCAGAAAAGAGUUCAGCAUAG